AUGGAGGGCGAUGAGGUUAUCGGCACACCUAAGCAUCCAGACUGGCUGCAGAUGGUGCACAUUAAGGAAGGGGAAGUUCCCCACAUGAUCGCCUAUGUUUCGACUAGGCUCUCCCGCUAUCGCCCCACUAUGCGCCGUGACAUCAUCAACCAUCGCGACAUCCUUGUCCUCUCCCUCUUCAGCGGGGGUGAGGUUCUCAACCUUAUGAACAUCUAUUCUGAUGAUCAGCACACAGCCAUUGAGCACCUCACUGCUUGUGUGCAUUCUUUAACACCUUUCAUCUAUAUGGCUGGUGACUUCAAUUGCGUGUUGACGACUUGGGAUGACUAUGAGCAUGGCGAGUCGUCGAUGGCAAUAUCCCUGCGGGACACCGCAUCUCAGAUCAGCCUUGAGUGGGCACGACCUUCCAACCAUGGACCGACUCGGAUCAGUCCUAAUCCAAACCAGAGAUCCAACGUCUUGGAUCUUGUAUUCUUAGCUCCAUCUGAGAUCUUAAUCUCCAUGCCCAGAUUGGAGCACGAUCUCCAGGCGGUGCUCGAUGGCAGCCCGCUCGCUAUCUACAAACACCGAUUAUCCGACCCCCGAAGGGUCCCGGGUGAAGCCAAACGCUGUAGGGUUGUACUUCAUAAAAGCUGCAAUGUCCCCGAGGAGCGCACAGAUCUUGAUAUUGGUCCCAAACCGCCUGGAUCUGGGCGACGGACAAUUAAACCUGGAAGCGAGGCUGAAAAGUCUUUCAUUUCGGAUAUCCUCCGGGAUCUUGCAGCUAUUCCUGUCGCAGCCCCAGCAACCAAGGAAGGCGUUGAAGCCUUAGCCAAUGCUAUCGCGACAGCGUUCUUGGAUGCUUGGCUUGCCCAUUUGACCGAGUCCAAACCUACCAAGCACUCCAAGUCCUGGUGGACGGACGAGUGCUCAGAGGCAUUCGGAGUAUAUCAGUUGAGCCGCUCGCUCGCUGAUUACAACAAGUUUAAGAAGGCAUGUAAGGAUGCCAAGGAUGAUUUCUUUGAUGAAUGCAUCGCAGAAAUUGCUACCUCUCGCAAGCGCCCAUGGGACCUGAUGGAAUGGGUCAAACAGCGCAAGCUACCACCCUGUGAGGCUAUUCGCGAUGGCAACCAGCCUUGCCACAAUAUGGACGACCUAUGGGACACCCUUCACAGCAUGUACAAUUUGGCCUCUGGUCGCGAGUACGACGCCUCAGUCUUAGAUGAGCUUCCUGACGAGCCAGUCCGUGAGUGGGCUGACUUUUUGGAGCAUGAGUUGUUGAGUGCCCUCAAGGGGUGUUCCAACUCCUCUGCACCAGGACCGGACCAUGUUACAUGGGUCCACCUAAAGGAGUUGCUCAAGGAUAAACACGUCCUUGCGCUCUUCAUCGUGCUGGCCAACGCUUGCCUUCGGGCCUUCAGCCCGAUCGUACUCCUCAUCACUUUCAGUAAACUUAUCGAAAAGAUGAUCAAUAGGAUACAGUUUGAUGCUGUCAAGCAUGAUAUCUUCCAUCCCAACCAACUUGGCAGCAUCCGCCAGAGGUCAACUGAGGAUGCUGGAUUGAUUCUGACUCAUCUCAUGCGAGCAGGGUGGGUUAAGGGUCUCCAGACUAGCGCGCUGGCUUUUGACAUCACGCAGUUCUUCCCUUCUAUCAACCAUGAGAUGUUCAUGGCUGUACUUCGCAAGCAAGGGUUCUCACCAGUUCUGGUGGAGUUCUUUGCCUCUUAUCUUGUUGGACGUUCCACAGUUUACUGUUGGAACACCUUCCAAUCCAACUCGCGGUCUGCGGACGUGGGCGUCAGGCAGGGCUCAGCUCUAUCACCUGUUAUCUAUGGGCUGUUCAUUGCUCCGGUAAUGAAGCUCUUCUAUAUCAAGGCGGCGCCGCUCAACACAAUGCUGCUUUCCUUUGUGGAUGACGGGACCAUCCCGGCUCAAUCCAAACAACUCGAUGAUAAUAAUGUGGGCCUGCGUAAGGCCUACAAGAUUAUCUACCUGCUCUUUGUUGCUUUCGCGCUCGUUCUUGAACACAACAAGACCGAGUUGUUCCACUUUUCGUGUCGACGAGACGCCUACAAUCCCUCGCUGGAUUUGGGGUACGCCCCACAUACCGGUGUUACACCCUUGAAGCCCAAGACCUAUUGGAGGUACUUGGGCUUCUACUUUGACCGCGGGCUCACGUUCCAUGAGCAUGUUCGCUACUAUGCCACCAAGGUGUUUACCACUGUGCAGGCCAUGCGCAUGCUCAGGAACUCCACUAGAGGUCUUUCGCCUAAACAGCGCCGACUCCUAUAUUGGUCGUGUGUGGUCCCCAUUGCCACAUACGGCUAUCAUCUAUGGUAUUUUGAUGGCGCCCGCAAUAAGGGCGCGAUGAACCAGUUAAAACGGAUGCAGCGAAAAGCUGCUCUAUGGAUCACAGGUGCUUUCCGCACCUCCCCCACAGGCAGUCUCGAGGCCCUCGCUGGCCUCAUCCCUGUCCAUCUUAUGCUGAAGAAGCUGGCAACGUGCGCAGUGUACCGUGUUGCCACCCUCUCGGACACCCACCCUCUUUGCUCCAUGAUGGGCGAGGGACUCCUUAAGCGGGCUGCACCACACGCCCGCUCAGCCGCCUUGAUGACCCCAGCUAUGCAAGGGCAGGUCAAGAGCACUGUCAUGGAGGUGGACGAGCGCGUCCACACCUUAACUGAGAGCUUUGAGCCCUUUGCGCCCAAAGCUCACCCAGGUGAUCGGUUACUGGACCACUAUGCGGACCGUCUCCACUUUGACGAGCGCGAUCCUGCCCAGGAUAGGCGACCAUAUCUAGAUGAGCUCAUCGCAAAAGCGAGGGCCAACCCUCUAACAGUACUGGCUGCAACUGAUGGCUCUGUCCCUCAGUCCAACCAGUAUCAGGCGGCUUCGGCAGCCAUCAUUUACAAGGGACAUGAGCUCAAUGCCAUCUCGUGUGCAGUGCGCCUUGCUGUCAAGCAGGCAAACUGCCAGCAUAUGAUGCGGUGCUCGAUGGCAGCCCACUCGCUAUCUACAAACAUGUACGCUACGCAGCCUGGGUACUAA